UAAACUAAAAUGAAAUGAUUGAGAGUUGAAGGAGAAGAGUACAACGCAGAGAAAAUGCAUUAGUUAUCGUGUGGACCAACCAACCCUCUACAUAACCUUCCCUUCAAACUCAAUCAAUCACAAAUCAUUCACUUCUGCGUCUCUCCCUUCUUCCCUUUGUUUCUUCUGCUUGCCUUCCCGUCGCUGUCUUCUCUGCAGAUACAGAUGGUUAGGACUCUGUAGGCAGAGAAAGACAACAUUCACGCCGAUGAAAAGAAGAGAGCAGACCAUGUUGCUGAAUUUUGUUCUUGCUUCCUUUGUCUUCUUGGUUUCUAUUAGAGAUGGGAGUGCUAGGAUCACUAGCUCCUUCAUUCGGUCAGAGUGGCCUGCAGUUGACCUCCCCCUUGAUCAUGAAGCAUUUGCAGUUCCGAAGGGUUAUAAUGCACCUCAGCAAGUGCACAUCACGCAAGGUGACUACGAUGGAAAAGCUGUAAUCAUCUCAUGGGUGACCCCAGAUGAACCAGGACCCAGCCAUGUACAAUACGGCACAUCAGAGAGUGAAUUUCAAACUAGUUUAGAAGGCACAGUUAGAAACUACACUUUUCAUGAAUACAAGUCGGGAUACAUUCAUCAUUGUGUUAUUGAAGGGCUUGAGUAUAAGACUAAAUACUACUACAGAAUCGGAAGCGGUGAUUCUUCUCGAGAAUUUUGGUUCGAAACACCUCCCAAAGUUGACCCGGAUGCUUCCUACAAAUUUGGGAUAAUUGGCGAUUUGGGCCAAACGUUUAAUUCUCUUUCCACUCUUGAGCAUUAUAUACAGAGUGGAGCGGAGACUGUCUUAUUUGUUGGAGAUCUUUCUUACGCUGAUAGGUACCAAUACAGUGAUGUUGGUUUGCGGUGGGAUACGUGGGGCCGAUUUGUUGAAAGGAGUACAGCAUAUCAUCCAUGGAUAUGGUCUGCAGGAAACCACGAAAUAGAGUACAUGCCUGAAAUGGGAGAAGUUGUUCCUUUCAGAAACUUUCUUUACCGAUAUACCACUCCCUAUUUGGCCUCCAAUAGCAGCAGCCCCCUCUGGUAUGCAGUGAGGCGUGCGUCUGCUCAUAUAAUUGUGCUAUCCAGCUAUUCGCCCUUUGUAAAAUACACGCCUCAAUACAUGUGGUUUCAAGAAGAGCUGAAGCGGGUUGAUAGGGAAAAGACUCCUUGGCUCAUUGUGCUCAUGCACAUUCCACUCUACAACAGUAACGGAGCUCACUAUAUGGAGGGUGAGAGCAUGCGAUCAGUGUUUGAGAGCUGGUUCAUCAAAUACAAAGUUGACGUGAUAUUUGCUGGACAUGUCCAUGCUUAUGAAAGAUCAUAUCGAUACUCCAAUAUGGACUACAACAUAACGAGCGGAAACAGGUAUCCGUCACCUGACAAAUCAGCACCUGUUUAUAUAACAGUCGGAGAUGGGGGAAAUCAAGAAGGACUUGCUGCAACGUUUUUGGAUCCACAGCCUGAAUAUUCUGCAUUUCGUGAAGCAAGCUAUGGACACUCUACCUUGGAGAUAAAAAAUAGGACUCAUGCUAUCUAUCACUGGAACCGCAAUGAUGAUGGCAAGAAAGUACCAACGGACUCUUUCAUAUUGCAUAACCAGUAUUGUUAUGAUGCUUGACGCACAUUCAAAGAAUAAUUGCAACCAAGUUGAGUUCUGGUAAUGCAUGCAGGAGAACCAAUCGGAGAAGAAGAAAGCUGAAACAUUUUCUAUUGACAGUUAUAGAUGAAGUUGCCAACAUGUAAUUCGGAACUUUGAAGCAGUGUUCUCAUGCAGGUGAAUGAAUAGUAUCCGAGUGAGCAAAAUGAAAGACCAUGGAAAUGCUAUGUGUAUUGCCUUGUGUGCUUGUUGUGUUACCACGCUGCUAAGAGUAUUUAAUGAACAUAUGCUUUUAGCAGGAGGAAAAAAUUGGGAGCCAGAUAUUAUCUGCAUAUUGUUAUGCUUCCGUUUCAGUGAUCUGUAUGGCAUUGUGUUGUGUUAUAUCAGGUCAACAUUUGUUUUUCUUAUA